CAGAGUUUUCCUUUCUUUUUCCAAUUCACUAAAUGGAAGGGAGGAAGAAAUAUUUAUACUGGACUGGAAGUUUAGCUUAUGAUGUAGAUUUUUAUAACCAGUUGGUCUGUGACACUGAACGCUCUUUUCUGUCUUGAUGACUUUCCACCUGAUCAAGGAACAUAGACUGUAUUUUACAAAAUGAAAUAAAACAGAGGUUUUGUUCUGACAUUCUUUUUCUCUUAGUUCUGUGACCAAAUGGCUUGAUUCUGAUCUCACUCCAGUUUUACACUGGUGUAUCUCUAGUGAAUUCAGUAGAACCUGUGUUAACAAACCUUCAUUCAAAUUAUGAGUGGCUGUUCGACUGUGUUCCUGUCCUUUAUUAUGAAUUAUUUGUUAAUAGGUUUUUUCAUACAAAUUUUUGGGGGUUGGCUGUUCCUCAUACAAACAUCUGUAUUUACAUGCAUACAAAAUUAUCCAUCAUUUUUUGUGAUUUAUAAUUCAUUAUUCUGUUUUAAAACUUUCAAUCAUCCAAUCAGGGAGUUGAAGCAAUACCAUGUCACAGAGAUGACCAAUCACACAGCCUAAUUAACAAAUGACUAGCAAAUAUUGAAGGUGAUCAGUACUCAAGUAACCCAUUGGUUCAAAGUUGUUCAUCCAAAGUGUUUGAUGAAUAGUUACAAAUAACAAAUACAUUUGCAGAAAUCUGAAUUGGUUCAUGACUGAUUCAUUUAAAAAAGGGGAAUAACUUCAUCAGAUCAUUUAUUCAUAAUGAAUAAUUCAACUAGCUCUAAUAUAUUUAAGAGCACUAUUUAAUGAUUUCCAUACCAAUACUCUAUAAAUCUGACAAAAACAUGAACAAGGGGAAAGAUACAGUAUUUACUGAAAAAGUUGAAAGGCUGGUGCUGAGGUUGUUUGAUGAGACGGCAAAUUGAAAGCUUUUAUCAAGUUCAAAUGUAGCCCCUAGCAUUUCUUAUGCAUGAAACAACUAAAAAUCAUCCCACAGAGGAGAAUUGCCAAAGCUUAUAUAAUCAGAUUGUACGCUUCCCCCCCCUCCAAAAAGCAGCAAGCAAAAUGGGGAUCAAAUUAUAGAAAUUUUAAGUAUGUAACUUUCAAGAUCAAAGUGCUUGCAAGGAAAUCUUGAAACUUAUUCAGCACGGGGUGUGGUUUCGUUUCUCCAGCCCCUGUCAUCUGCCCAACCUUGGCGGUAGUUCAAAGAAAAGAAAAGAAAAAAAAAGAGGGAAGAAAUAUGUUCCAUAUGAGGACAAUAUAAAGUUCCACUGGGGAGCUGUGAUCUGAGCACUAGUAUUAUUUCUGGCUGGGUAACAACUCCUCUUGGGCUUCCAACCACGCUCUUCAUUCUUUGGCCAUCAGAGGCUUACCUUCCCUAUGAUAUUGCACUUGUUAUAAUGCUUCAGGUGAAAAUCAGCAAUUGACCAGCAUUCUUUAAGGUAUUUGAUACUAUUUCAGCUUUGUGGUGUCAUCUGUAAAUUGCCUGUGUCUAUGCCUGUGAACAUGACUAGAUCCAUUUCUUGCUGGUUUAAUUCUUCUCGACACUGUCUUUCUUAAACCUCGCUUUCUUCAGAUUUUCAUGUUGCCCUUUUAUUAUACCACGGGUUUAUUCUUUGCCUGUUCAGUCAGGAGGAGGCAGUCACUAUGAAGAUCCCAGGGGCGUUGGUGGCUUUGUUGCUCCUGGGGGAAGCGGUGUCUCAAAGCAAACGUAAUUCCAAAGCUCACGUGAAGACUCCUGCCCAGAAUCGAAAGGGCCCUAACCCAAGUGGGGAACUGGAGCACACUGCUGCUGAGGAAGAUGUCUUUGUGGGAGUUUUUCCUCCUAUGGAAGAUGCCUUGGCAUCACAGCUCAGAAGUGCCUCACUCACUCCUUGGCAUGCUCAGAAGGCACCUCAGGAUAUGAAACUUUUCUUUCUGAAGAACCCCCUGGUCACCUGCAAUGAUGGGACAACAGCUAGGUAUUACUUAAGGGAGCACAAAGGGAGCAAGAGAUGGAUCAUAUUCUUAGAAGGUGGCUGGUGCUGUUAUAAUAAAGAAACAUGUGAUACCAGAUAUAAAAAUAUCCGUCGCUUAAUGAGCUCAUCUGAGUGGCCUCAAACAAAGAAAGGGACAGGCAUUUUGUCUUCCCAGAUGGAGGAGAGCCCUCACUGGUGGAACGCCAAUGCAGUGUUUGUGCCUUACUGCUCGAGUGAUAUCUGGAGUGGAACUUUGCCCAAGUCACGGCAAGCAGACUAUGCCUUCAGGGGAUCGCUAAUUAUCCAGGAGGUGAUUAAAGACCUGGUUCCUAAGGGAAUUAAGCAAGCUAAAGUGGUCCUGCUUGCUGGGGAAAGUGCUGGUGGGACUGGUGUGCUACUGAACCUGGAGAGGGUGGCAGCCCUUCUGGAGGAGCUGGAAGCUGAGGCAGUCCAGGUCAGAGGACUUGUUGACUCUGGCUGGUUCCUGGACAUUAAACAUCCAAGACAAUCUAACUGUUCAGAUGCUGCCUCUUGUGCCCCACUGGGUGCAAUCAAGAAAGGACUCAGGAUGUGGAAUGGAAUCCUUCCAGAAAAAGGUAAACAGCAGUUCAAGAGAGUUAACAAGUGGCAGUGCUUCCUUGGAUAUAGAUUGUAUUCGUCCUUGCAAUCUCCAGUUUUUGUGGUUCAGUGGCUGUUUGAUGAGGAACAGCUGAAAUUAGAAAAUAUCCAUCUUGGAAGUCAGUUCCUAAUGGAAAAUCAAUGGAACUACCUACAAAACCUUGGGCGAGAACUUAGGAACUCAUUACGUGUUGUCCCAGCUGUGUUUGCCCCUGCAUGUCUGUCUCACACGCUGAUUACAAAAAGCUACUGGCUGGAAUUUCAAGUGAAGGGCAUUUCUUUGGCCAGAGCCUUGCAGUGCUGGGAGAAGAGCCUUCAAGACAGCAAUAAAGCCCCAAAGAUCCCCAUGAGAAGUUGUCCCUUCCAUAUGAUUGAUAAGUGUCCAUGGCCCCAUUGCAACCCCACCUGCUCAAUUCUGCAUGACCACGGCACAGGCCAAGAAGUGAACUUCAUGCAGACUUUAUUCAGGAUGAGGCUUGAUGUCCACAGGAAAGCUCAGGAGCUCAAAUCAGGCCCCAGUCAACUGGCAAUGCUCAGUAAUGGUGGCUAA